UUUCUUCAGAUGGGGAAAACAAAAGUCCAAAUGAGUCAUCUUGUGUUACAACCAAAAGCAACCACUAAGUGGUUCUUUCCUUCUUUUCUAUUUUUUUUAUAUGAAGCAGAGCAAACAAAAACAAAUCCAGAACUCAGAUAUGUGGCACAUAGUUGGCAAAUGUAAUGAAUGAGGAGAAUGAUCUAGUUAAAGAUUCAGUAAAUUUCUUCAGUGUGGUUCCUUGUUUGCUUUGCUGGAGUGGAGGCUAAGGUAGUUCCAUCAGCAAAACUUCUUCCCAACCCGUAUAUUAAAUUGCCUUGGGUUUUCUUUUCCAUCGUAUCGUGGUGGAAUAUAAAUGUAGCUUUACAAAGUGGAAAUGGCUUACAUUUUUCAGGAGGAGGCUGCACAGCAGUCGUGGUGGGCUGGGGUUAUGUAUACUUGAACACUCGUGUGUGGACCCAUGCCCAGUGCCUGGUAGCUGGCUGUAGAAGGUGAAUUUCUCAUUCUAGGGUUCUGGGAGGAAGAUUUGUGUGCCUUCCCCUCCAGGAUCAGGCUAUCUGUGGCUGCCAGCACACCUCUCAGAUAACUGUGUAGAAUUUAUUUCACCGUGAGGUUCCUUGUUUGAAUUUGCACUUGGAAUAAAGGAGAGUCACAUUCUGAAGAGAGACUUAAAGAGCAGUUUGAGAAAAGAAAGCUAACAAUCAGCUUUUUUUUUUUGGAAAUGUGGGAACACAAACUACUGCUAGGUUAGUUGUUUUUAUUCUAAACAUAGCAGAGGCUGUAUGUUUUUAAUACGUAAUUGGCUCCCAAAAAGGUGAUGUUGCUUACUAAAUGCAGCAUCUUAAUAACUCCAGGUUACAGCAGCCAGAUGAAUGAGCUCACUGAGUAGAGACAACAUACAUCAAAACAAUCUUAGGACAAGGGUUUGCCUUUAAGGAUUCAUCAAUGAUAAAUCAGAUAUACCAUUUUUAAAGUCCUUUGAGGCAAUCCAAAAUGUAGCUAAAUCUCUGAUUAUUUCUUUUAGUUUGUUUUUCUGUGGGUGACCUGAAUUCCCAUUUCUUAAAUAUGUCCUGAUAGAGCCACUAGCUUUUGUGUCUCUUAACUUGUGGAUAAAUGUAUCUCUCUUCCUGAAAGAGUACUUUCGGAAAGUCAAUGCUGAAAUUUUUUAUGUAGAACAGUUUUGGGAUUUAAUUUAUAUACCAUGUAAUUCACCCAUUUAAAAUGUACAGUUCAACGGUUUUAGUAUAUUCACAAAGUUGUACAACCAUUACUAUAGUGAAAUUUAGUAAAUAUUUUUAUCACCCCGAAAAGUAACCCUGUACUUAUUAGCAAUGCUCCUUUUCUUGGCUUCCCACUUCCCCGUAGGCCACUAAUCUGUUUUCUGUCUAUAUAGAUUUGCUUAUUCUGGAUAUUUCAUAUCAAUGGAAUCGUACAAUAUGUGGUCAUUUGUGAAUGGCUUCUUUCCCUUAGUGUGAUGUAUUCAAGGUUCACCCAUGUCGUAGCUUAUAUUAGUACUCAUUCUUUUUAAUUGCUGAAUAGUAUUCCAUUACAUGUGUAUACCACAGUAUUUGUCCAUUCCUUAGUUGGUAAACAUAUAGAUUGUUUUUACUUUUUAGCCAUUAUGAAUACUGCUAUGGGCAUUUCUGUAUUCAAGGUUCACCCAUAUUGUAGCUUGUAUUAGUACUCAUUCCUUUUCAUCGCUGAAUAAUAUUCCGUACAUGUGUAUACCACAGUAUUUAUCCAUUCUUUAGUUGGUAAACAUACUGAUUGUUUUCACUUUUUAGCUAUUAUGAAUACUGCUAUGGGCAUUUCUGUACAAGGUUUUGGUGUGGACAUAUGUUUUCAUUUCUCUUGGGCAAAUAGUUAGAAGUAGAAUUGGCCGUGUCAUAUGAUAAGUCUGUAUUUAACCUUUCUAGGAACUGCCGAACUUUUCUGUUAUAAAAUAGCUCUACAGUUCUAGAUUUUAAAGUAGACAUUUUUUAUGUUUUAAAGUUCAAAUCAUUUCACAGAAUUUUAUACUUAGAUUAUUGCAGCUAAAUAUUGACACACACAGUAACAUCUAUGUCAUAUCGUUUAUUGUAGUGCUUCUCUUUUACUGAUAGGUCUGGUUUUAUUGUAGCCAACAGGAGCAAUGUGCUCUCUUUACGGAAUUUCUUCAUGAAGCUAAGUGGUAUGAGCCAAAGAAAUACAAGAUAAAAUUGGAAGGAGGAAGGGGAGAGCUGUAAAGAAGGGAAAAAAAUGAAGAACGAAAUUGCUGCCGUUGUCUUCUUUUUCACAAGGCUAGUUCGAAAACAUGAUAAGUUGAAAAAAGAGGCAGUUGAGAGGUUUGCUGAGAAAUUGACCCUAAUACUUCAAGAAAAAUAUAAAAAUCACUGGUAUCCAGAAAAACCAUCAAAAGGACAGGCCUACAGAUGUAUUCGUGUCAAUAAAUUUCAGAGAGUUGAUCCUGAUGUCCUGAAAGCCUGUGAAAACAGCUGCAUCUUGUAUAGUGACCUGGGCUUGCCAAAGGAGCUCACUCUCUGGGUGGACCCAUGUGAGGUGUGCUGUCGGUACGGAGAGAAAAACAAUGCAUUCAUUGUUGCCAGCUUUGAAAAUGAAGAUGAGAACAAGGAUGAGAUCUCCAGGAAAGUUACCAGGGCCCUUGAUAAGGUUACCUCUGAUUAUCAUUCAGGAUCCUCUUCUUCAGAUGAAGAAACAAGUAAGGAAAUGGAAGUGAAACCCAAUUCGGUGACUGCAGCCGCAAGUCCUGUGUACCAGAUUUCAGAACUUAUAUUUCCACCUCUUCCAAUGUGGCACCCUUUGCCCAGAAAAAAGCCAGGAAUGUAUCGAGGGAAUGGCCAUCAGAAUCACUAUCCUCCUCCUGUUCCAUUUGGUUAUCCAAAUCAGGGAAGGAAAAAUAAACCAUAUCGCCCAAUUCCAGUGACAUGGGUACCUCCUCCUGGAAUGCAUUGUGACCGGAAUCACUGGAUUAAUCCUCACAUGUUAGCACCUCACUAACUUCGUUUUUUGAUUGUGUUGGUGUCAUGUUGAGAUAAAGGUAGAAUAAACCUUACUACACAUUAAAAGUUAAAAGUUCUUACUAAUAGUAGUGAAGUUAGAUGGGCCAAACCAUCAAACUUAUUUUUAUAGAAGUUAUUGAGAAUAAUCUUUCUUAAAAAAUAUAUGCACUUUAGAUAUAUUGAUAUAGUUUGAGAAAUUUUAUUAAAGUUAGUCAAGUGCCUAAGUUUUUAAUAUUGGACUUGAGUAUUUAUAUAUUGUGCAUCAACUCUGUUGGAUACGAGAACACUGUAGAAGUGGACGAUCUGUUCUAGCACCUUUGAGCAUUUACUUUAUGGAGCGUAUGUAAGUUAUUUAUAUACAAGGAAAUCUAUUUUAUGUCGUUGUUUAAAAGAAUUGUGUGAAAUCAUGUAGUUGCAAAUAAAAAAUAGUUUGAGGCA